CCUCCACCAAUAUUUAAUAUUCAUCAAUUUUUGCGGUAAUGGGGAAAAAUGGAUCACAAUUAAAGAAUUUAAAAACGUCUAUCCGACAGGCGGAUUUGUUUAGCUCGAAACCUGGUCGUAAAAAGGGAAAAAAGAAAGGAGUAGAUUCUCGAGAAGACCGACAGACAAAAGUAGAUAAAAUCCAGUCAGAUUUUAAUUUGUUUGAUCGCCAAUUCACCAGAAGCAAAUUCGAUGUAGGCGGUAGACGCGUAAAAGGCACUGAAGGAAUUCCUGGUGUUAGCCGCAGUGUCGGUGAAGAAAUUCGAAAAAAGACGAUAGGUGAAAAACUUAAGAAAAAGAAUCAUGUGGGUGGAGUCAUUGAUCGCCGUUUUGGUGAAAAUAAUCCUCAUUUGUCCCUUGAAGAGAAAAUGUUAGAGCGUUUUAGCCGUGAACAACAACGCCGUAGCAAAAAAGACAUCUACAAUUUAGACUCAGAAAACGAUGUCUUGACUCAUGGAAAGAGGCCCAUUUCGGAUUUGGAUGAUUUUGAUGAACCCGAUCUAGCUUUGGGAGACGAGGAUGAUGAAGGCUUAAACAACGAAGUUGUUCGUCGCAUGCACUUUGGCGGCUUUGGAGAAGAUGAGCCUCAAGAGGAUGAAGGCGAACCGAAGCAAAAGAAGUCCAAGCAAGAAGUUAUGUCAGAGAUUAUUGCAAAGUCUAAGACGCACAAAGCUGAACGUCAAGCCGACAAAGAUGAGUACGAAGGAGAACGGGAGAGAUUGGAUGAAGAAAUGGAAGAUUUGCAAAGCGAGCUUUCGAACUUUAGGAAAGAAGCAAAACGUAAACAAGCUGCGAAAAAUCAAGCUUUACGGCCUUCAGAUGCGGAUUCUCGGUAUGAUGAGUUCGUCCGAGAAAUGGUAUUCGACCGACGAGCACGCCCUUCAGAAAGAACAAAGACAGAGGAAGAACUUGCUCAAAUUGAAGCUGACCGCCUACGUGAGCUUGAAGACCAACGUCUUACGCGCAUGCAGGAUGAUGAGAUUGAUUAUCCUGAAGCGGAAGCUGUGGAAACAAGCUCUAGGGCUACUGAUAAUGUUUUUGGUUUUGGUAAGGGUCUAAUGUUGGAAGGUGAAGAUGAAGAUGAAGAAGAAUCAAUGGAAUCAUCUGAUAGUGAAGAAGAAUGGACAGGUAUUGAGGAAGGCCCAAAAGAGGCCGAUAACGCAAAAAACGACGAGAAAAAGGUCAAAGAACCUUACCAAAGAAAGAUUUCAGAUGGUAAGCCUACGAAGAGAGCAUCACUUGCUUAUACCUAUCCUUGUCCUACUUCACAUAAAGAAUUUCUGGGUAUGAUACAAGGCUUAAGUAUGGAGGAUCAAGUGACCGUUGUUACGCGUAUUCGUACGCUUUAUCAUGUUAAGCUACAUCCCGAAAACAAAGCUCGUCUGGAAAACUUUAGCGUCGUACUUCUGCAACAUAUUCUUUAUUUAUCAAAGCAGUCCGAAGCACCUAUGGAGAUUUUAGAGAUAUUGGCUGACCAUAUGGUGUCCUUGGGACGUCAAUUCCCUGAAACAGUUAGCGUUUCUUUUAUAUCUGUCUUGGAAGGAAUGCGUAAUCGUUUACUUCGAAGCUUCACAGAUUCUGAUCUCAAAUUCCCUGAUACACAGGAUCUCGUGUUCUUUAAUUUAGCUGGUUCGGUUUUCCCUACGUCCGAUAGAAAACAUAUUGUAUUGAGUCCAAUGAUUCUUACGAUGUGUGAAUCAUUGAGUCAAUCGCCUUGGAGUACACUUCCUGAUCUUUGUAGGAAACUAUACUUGGCGAAUAUUCUAUUGAAGUAUCAGCGUCUUAGUCAUCGCUAUAUACCCGAAGUCAUAGUCGUUCUUGGCCAAGUUUUGUAUCUCCUUUGCCCUGAUAAAAUAAAAAACAUUCCUGGAACUUUUACUGUUCCUGAUAGCUUCCCCGAGAAGCGUAAAGCCUUCGGUGUUCAAGAUAUAUCUUUAGACGAACCUCACAAGUUGCGUCUUACCGAUUUAGCAUCCGUUCCUCUUUCAAAUCUUCAAUCAUCGAUGAUUAUGAUUACGCUAAAUAUUGUUAACUUAGCACAGAAUUUAUAUGCUAAGGAAAGCGCAUUUUUGGAAAUAUUUGAACCGAUCUUUGCUUUACUCCAGCAUUACCAAUCUAAGAAACAAUUACUUCAUAAAACUUUAUCAGAAAAGGUAACACAGGGUGUAGAAAAAUUGGCUACGCUGCUUGAGUCUGCCAAGAGGGUGCGUAAACCUUUGACUUCACAAGCGCACAGACCGGUGGGUAUUGCUAGUCAAUUACCUAAGUUUGAAGAAGGUUACUCUGUCGACAGAACUUCUUAUGACAUUGACCCUGAAAGAGCAGAACGUAAUAAGCUUCGUGCUCAACACCGGGAUGCUAAGAAAGGUGCUAUUCGUACACUUCGCAAGGAUGCGAGAUAUAUUGCACGUGAAAGACAAAAAGAACAACGUUCGAAAGACAAAACAUACAACGAGAAAAUGGGCAAACUUCACAAUCGUUUGCAGCACUUUGAUCCAGCUGUAUAAAAAUCGAAAAAGGCAAAUUUUGGAAGGCCGCUAUUUCAUAGAUAAAGUUUUGGGAUUUUGGUUAACAUAGGGUGUUAAACAUAACUUAUGGAUUAGAUAUUAAUAAUAUGUGUAAACAUUUUUCUUUCAGUACGGUCA